GUCAUUAAACGGUUAUGAGCCCUUUCAGAUUAACUGGGUUGGUUAGCAUCAGCUAAUCUAGGUUAACUUUAGCUAGCUCAGGACCAUAAUCGACGUCUCUGUAGGAUGCUAGAUCUAGCUAUAUUUACAGACUAUAAAGAACUUUGCUAUGAUGCUAUCGUGUUUGACUCAUAGCUGCCGACACUCCCGUUUUUUUACGUGUUUCGCCCAUAUUUCAUACCAAUCUCCCGCCCGUUUUGCCAUUUUUUUUCCAACCGGAAAGUGGCAAAACAGAUAGGAGCUAACUGGUGUUUUAGCUAUAAGUUAGCUAUGAGCUUCCCUCAUCCACACGUUAUUCACCAAUAUGCAAGCUCUAUAUUGGUUUAUGACAAAGCUUUGUUUAACAGUGUACAGUCACCCUAACAUUGACAUUUAAGUUAAUUAAACUGAUGACAUUUUAACGCGAUUGUUCAUCAGUGUACAGACAUCCCAAGUCUAAGGCGCUCCGGGAGUCUCUCAUAUCAGAUAGUGGCUCAUGGAUGCCACGAUCAUCAGUCCCAUAUAGUAUUUUUGUAUAAAUAGGCUAUCUUAACAGUUGACCUCUGUCUCUUUCAUCAUCAGAUAAUUUUUUCAUUGAAAUGAAAGCUUCUUGCAUUUCACCCCAAGUGUGCUUGUGCAUUGUGGGCCUAUGCCCAACAGCAUAUAAUGUACUGUGCUUGUCUCUAAGACAGCUGAUGUGGAUCCAGCUUCGCUGUCCACCUCGUCCAUUAUAUCGGGACACCUCGGCCGCCGUUAUCCCCUAACAUAUGCAUGCAUACUGCAUCUGGGCAUGUAAUUAUGACUGGACCGAUUAAUGAAUUUAAUGACUUUAGCUUAUACGGUAGAGUAUGGUAGAGGGCGGGCGGGUGGAGUGUUCCAUGAAAUGAGGUUCCACAGGUUGGGAUGUCUGCAUGUACAGUAUGAUGCUUCAUUACAGUGCACAAUGAGCACUUCCCACAUACUGGGAGAGUGUGUGAAUUUCAAAAGUUUAGGGCUCUCCCAAAUGGAGUAGCAUACCUGGUGCUGCACUUGCCAUGUUAAUAUUAACGCUGCCAUUUUUUGAUUACAGAGAAUGGUGGAGACGAUGGCCAACGCCCUUCUUAAUGCGUUGGCCAGACAGUUUCCUGGUAUGUACUCUGGGGGGCCUGUAAAGAGAGGGAAGGCUAGGUUUAACCCCCCCGACAGAUCCCCUAGAGUCAUAAAUCUGCCAGUGUUUGUCCUGCCUGGACCAACAACAAUGACCCCAAAGGGCUCCAGGGAGCUGGAGCUUGCCCACGCAGGCCUGGGGAAGAAGGUGGUCCUGGUGCCAGAAAGUGCCAGCCAUUCAGAGAUUGUCUCACUGAUGGAGGAGGAGUUUACUAAGCUGAGCCCUCUCAUGGGGAGGUGGAUGUUUUUUAAAGCCACAGGUGGCAGUGGCCAGAGGAAAUUGAGCAUCAUUCCAAUAGAUUCAGAGGGCUAUUCGGGCCGUCAGCUCCAUGUGGCAUCGAACAACGGGAAGAAUGUGUUGUUUUUGGUUCCUCUACAGGAGGAACUGGAGACUUCGCCCCUGCCCUUUAGUUCCCCUGAAUUUUCAAAAAUGCCGAAGGUGGCCUGCAAUAGUUGUUCGGAAAUCAUCCCUUUGCAGAUGUUGGCACUACACUCAGAGACCUGCCAGACAGCUCAGCAGCAAACGGACAACAUCAUUAUAGAUGACAAUGAUGAGGAGGAUGAUGAGGGUGAUGGUGAUGCAGAUGUGGACUGUACAAUGAGAAAAGGGGUUUGUCCUAUAUGCCAGCUACAAUUUCCAGCCACAGAGCUCCCACAUCACGCCAACAUUUGUGCAGAAAGGUCCUUCAAUACUGAGGAAGAUAUGGAACCAAACCUUCCAGGACCGUCAUCUUCAAACACAUCACUACCCCCUCCAUCAACACAAACAACAGAGGUGUGGAAAACUGCAGCCCCAUCUGAGGCUGUGCGCCUCUUCAUGGAGGAGCUGAGGAGAGGAGCAAACCACCUGCCACCUCUACGGCUGACUCUAAAUGCAGGGGACACUGAUGAAGAGCGGGAUGGCGCCCUAAUUUCCUUUUACAAACAACAACGUCAGACGUGCCAGUGGGCUGCUCAUUUCAGAUGCAACAUAUUAGGGGAUGCUGCAGUUGGUGUUGGGGUAAUGAGAAACACGCUAUCAACAGCCAUCUCGAAAUUGACAAAUGGCUUUAAGAACAUGGGAAAUGCAGGUGUGACUGCCAUCUUUGAAGGACAGAGAGAGCAUCUGGUACCAAACUUGUGUGCAGCACUCUUGGAGUGUGAUUUGUUUGCUAUGGCUGGAAGGGUGGUUGGUCACUCUGCCAUCCAUGGCGGUCCUUCCCUGUCAGGACUAAGUCCAGCAGUAGUAGAUGCCCUUUCACAUGGGACAAAGGAACUAGUAACAUCAAAACUCAGUCUGGAAGAUUGCCCAGAGAUUGAUGUGAGGGACACCAUCAGUCUACUGCUGAAAGAGGAAGGGACUGAAACGGAGUCUGUCAGAGUGGCAAGCCUAUGCACUGAAUGGUAUUUCCCAGUGCCAACUAAGGAUACCAACAGGCUCCUUCUUUUCCAGCAGCUGCUAUCUCAUGCACUAAGUGUUUUUUGACUUUAUGCUGGAGCAUGUGCUUUCAUUUCACAGAUUAGUACAGAAAUAACAAGCAAGUUCCUUUCUCUGUGCUUGCCUUGCACAGUCUGGCAGUAUUGAUUAAAGCUACAUACACUAUGCAAGCCUGUGAAUUUGUGACUCCAGAGCUCCCCCUAAAAAUAUAAAAAUAUAGCAACAAGAUUGUACAUUCUCACCAAUUCAUGUGGAUUACUCUUCAGACCAAAGCAUACAAACCAGCAAUGAUUAUUUUUGUGGAGUUACGUUGACUAAUAAGGUAAUAAACGCAUAAAUUCAGCUUCAUUCUGGUUUUGGUUUUGUUUUGCGCGAUGUGCGCGACCUGACUCAUAGACAUUGCAUAGCGCGGUAAAGCCGCUAGGAAGGUAUUGGGGGCGGCGAAAUAUCCUUCAUUCGCCCCGGAAUUAACUAUUUAACCAUCAAAGUGACUACGACGCUGAUAUAUUAACCUAAAAACAUGGCAUAGUGUAGCUUUAAGAUUGGAUAGUGUACACUGGACAAUGCAAGCACAGACCAAAAAAUGCCUUGUAUCAUUUUUACAGUAUGUACUGUAUGUGUAAGGGGCAUUGACAGUGAGCAUUGACAGUGAUGACAGUGAGGACGAGAUGCCAACAGCGAAUACCAGUAUCAUCUCGGGGUACUUUCGAACCUUUGUCAAAGAAGCAUCUUCAGACGUCCUGAAAGACCUGUUGAAGUUUUGGACUGGGUGGGAAUUGCCUGCCAAGUGGCUAACAUUAGAAGUUGUGAGAUCCCGCGGAUAUCAUCAUCUGCCAACUUCAAGUACGUGCUAUGAGCGACUGAGAAUUCCAAAUCACUAUAAGAGUGGCACUGAAUUAAGAUCAGACCUCCAUGCAUGCCUUCAGUCAGUUGAGACAGGUUUUGGCCUGAUAUGAAAUGUGAAGAAAUAACAUCCUCUAACAUUGUUUUAUUGUUGGUGUUGUUAUUGUUAUUCAAUGAAAUAUUAAAAUAAAUGUUAUAUUUUAUCAGUAAUUGUUUUUAUUGUAAUUCUAUUGAUGUUUUACUUACUGAGAGGAAAUAAUUUGGUUUGGAUUAAUACGUUUGUUC